UGCACGCACACUGAGCUGGCACUGCUUCAGGACAGCCUACUCGAAUUGAAUUUUUGAAUACAGCACCGCAGCAUUUGCUUGAAUGACUGUGUGUAAUGACUAUUUUUCUCUUUGGAAACGCAUUGCUACAGUUCAUUCAUCUCCAGCGCUCAGCCAAGCUGGAUUACAUCCCAAAUCUGCAAACGAGAGGAGGAGAAACAUGAAGACAAGCAGGAUCAUCAAUUUCAGAGGACCCUGCACACUUUAAAAGCAGGUUUCGUUUUUUUCUUGAGUGAUCAAUCUACUUCUCCUGAAUCUGGAUUUCAUUUAACCUCCUACAAGCUGGACAGAUGUAGGGCAGAUCCAGCAUCCAAUUUGUUCCCUGCUGAAGACCAGACGAAACUCUCAUCUGUCUUUACUUCCAGACUCUGUCACCUUCACCCUUUCAACCAUCCUGUCAUUAUGUGAUGGAGAGAUCAGUCCUUUUAAAAUGACAUAAGCUUCGGACUAAGAUCUAAGCUUACCUUUAUACAGAGAGAGAGAGAGAGAGAGAGAUUGUUUCAAAGAUGAUCUGACAGGUGCACUCUCUUAUUCAUUUUCUGCCAUGAACAUGCAGCUGGAAUUCCAGGAAGAAAUUUUCUAGGCAGGUUUGAUGUGAUUUGUGUACGACAGACUCGGCUUAUAUGUGAAGAGAGUGCAAAUGAGAGAUGGGUUUGCAACCCCCCCUUCACAGUGGAUGAUGGCAUAGUCAUAGCAUUUAUGUAGAUAAAUAUAUGCAGGUGUCAGAUUCAGCAUGCUGUGGCUAGGGCAAAUGAAAAUAGGCUAUGAGCACAGCGACAGCAGCCAUAGGCAUAAGUACUUAAUAAUUGUUUAGAGUGAUAUACAUGUAAAUGCAUCUGCAUUGUAAUUGAGUAAGUGUCUUUUUGUAGAUUCACAUUGGAACAGACAUUUACUUAACAAUGAGUUAUUCUUUUCUUUUAAGUCAUUAGUUGAAUAGCAACAUGUUUUAAACCAUGACACAUGCACGUCUGCUACAGUACAGAGUGUCGUUAUAUGUAAAUGAAAGGAAUGAUCUUUAUAAUAAUAGAAGUGUGAAGGAAAAUAUCUCUCAGAGGAAUACAGAGGAAAGGAAAGGAAACAUUUGUUUAUCGCAUCUUUAACUGAAUUAUUCAUGCCUCAGUCCACAAUGACUGGCAAACACACUAGGGAAUUUAUUAGACUUUGAGCAUAAUGCAUAACUUGUCUUUGAUAAUAUUAUUCAGACACUAAACUGGGAUUUCUCAUUUUAAUUUUGUCAUAGACUGAGCAUGCUUUGUGCUCUUUUCAACGCACAAACAUUUCAGUAAUAAUAGCAUUUGGGAAAAAACAUGUGCCCAUCUGUUUAAUCUAAUGCUACCUGAUUCCCAUUAUUAUUAUUCAUAAGUCAUAUGCAAAGUUUUACUGCCAUGAAGCCAACAAUAUUCAUCUAAACUAAAACAGCUUCCCUAAGUGUAUAUCUAGAAACAAAUUUGAAGCUACAGACAUCAGAGAGGCCAUUCACCAAUGAUAAAUCCUGACGUUCUCACGGCUAGAUGUGGCGGGCUCCUCUGAUACUGUUUUCCGGGUUGGACAUCAAUUAAAAAAGCAGCACAGCCUGAAUUAGGGAAGCAGACAAAGAAAAGAACUUCAAAGCCCUUUCAUGGAGUGCCGAGUUUUAACCUCUGAUCUCAGGGAAGGAUUACUGUAAUUGGACAGCAGGGAUUGACAGCUACGUCGUGUGAUAUCUGGGAAUCAGGAAGAGUAGAUCAUCGAGGAAACGCCCCUCUCAGGAAACUGUGAGUCAGGAUGGGCUGCAACAUGUGUGUGGUGAACAGGCCGGAGGAACAGUAUAGAAUUAUGUUUCAGAAGGGAAACACUAUGCGUCCCAUUGAUGCAGAAGUAAAGCUCAAAGGCAGAAGAACAUCUCAUCUGUCCCAGGAUAAAGAUGGGCAGCCCCAUGAUCCUUUGCUACUUCAGGUGGUACGUAAGGGAUACAGAAGGAGAUUAGGUGUGGCCGCUGGCACGGCCCGGCUCAUGGCUAUUACAGACUGCAUGGACAAUGCCACCCAGACUGACAUCAGCUUCCAGAACUAUCUGAGUGGGGACAGAGGGUCUUACCCAAGCAAUGGAUCACCCAUGCCCCCACCCUCACCUCCACUUGCCCAGCUGGCGGAGCCAUACCUGCUCAAUGAUCUUCGUUCUCUAGGGCAUGAAUAUAGUGAUCCAAAUAACUACUUCAGUAUUGCCAAUCAUGAGGUGGAUCAACAAGAAGAGCUGGAAUAUGAGGAAGUGGAGCUGUAUAAGUCAAGUCAGCAGGAUAAACUGGGGCUAACAGUCUGUUACCGCACAGACGAUGAGGAGGACCAGGGCAUCUAUGUAGGGGAGGUAAAUCCAAACAGUAUAGCAGCAAAAGAUGGAAGAAUCCGAAAGGGUGACAGGAUACUGCAGAUAAAUGGGGUGGAAGUUCAGAACAGAGAGGAAGCCGUGGCAAUUCUGACCCGAGAGGACAGCACCAACUUCUCAUUACUGCUAGCCAGACCAGAGAUAGAGACGGACACUCAUUUGGACCCAGAGGAACUCGAUUGUGAAUUACCUGCCGAGAUGAGCGUGGACAGCCUUAAUAUCUCUCCCCUGUCUGGCCUGUACCAUUUACGCCAACAGAGAACCCAAGCAGGCAUUCCUGAGGAAGCCUUACAUCGGGAGAUGCCCAUGCUCAGCCUAGCCACCCUCAGCAACAGUCAGGAACUCGAUAGUGGUGUGGGCCGCACUGAUGAGAGCACAAAGAACGAAGAGUCCUCCGAACAUGAUAUUCUUCUGGGUGAAGAGCAGACCAGUGCCUCCAACACGAACGGCACCAACACGCCCGGCAGCUUACGGAAGUUCAGGCCGGCCAGGAAUGGCGGAAGUGACACUCCAUCUCCACUGUUCCCUCUCAGAGAGCUGCACCUCAGCACCGACUCGCUGGAUUGUGGAAGUGUUGUUGGAGGGUACUUUCAUGACCCCGUCAGUGGGAUGAUGAUGCCAGGCCUGACAGAGGAGGAAUGCGAGAGGUACAAGCAGCUACUGGAAAUCAAGUGUCGUUACGAGAAGAGGAUGAAAAGUGUAAAGAAGGUGCAACAGGCUCAGGAAAGACAACAAAAUGAAAAAGGAACACAAGAGGAAGAUGAGCUUGGAGAGAAGGAUGUGGCUCUUGAUGAGAACAGUAACGAGAACCUCAUGACCCCAACUCCACAUGAAAUGGUGCUUUUGGAAGAGGAAAUGAGACACCUUGAGUUCAAGUGUCGCAACAUUUUGCGGGCACAGAAGAUGCAGCAAUUAAGAGAGCGCUGUUUGAAAGCCUGGCUGAUGGAGGAAGAAACAUCUGGACGGGCUUCCGCUGAACCACAGGGAUCUCCUCUGCACGAGUUGUCUGACAUCAACGAACUGCCUGAGAAGGAACGAUCAGAUAAGGAUAGCACCAGUGCUUACAACACUGGGGGAGAGAGUUGCAGGAGCACACCCAUGGUGAGUGAGCAUCGACUUCCUGUUUCUCAGAUGGAUGAGUCCACAAGCCCUCUACCUAGUAGACACAGGGAACGACCAAAUUGGAGUGAAAGAGGACGAGCAAGCCUCAACAGUUCUUAUUCACCCAGCAGCUAUAAGAAGUUUCAGACAAACAUCGCUAUCAACCAGCAAUUCCGCUCACUUUCAAGAGAAGGCACUGUCCGACGCAUACCAGAGGGCAAUUCAAGAGUAAGCAGCCAUGACAGAAAUGGUGGUCGUAGUGCCGAGUCCAGUCCUUACUUCACCAGACGCCGACAUUCAAACGGCCUCACUCCGGAACGGUACCAGAGUUGCAUGCAUCUGGGAUCUUCACUUUCCGAGAGCUCUGGGCCCCUGGAUAGAGCUGUGGAGGGAGAGAGUGAGGCCCCAAUGGGUGGUAGCGACCAUGAAGGCCCCAGGAUCCUUCCUCAUCCCAGCCCAGCGAAGCUCUCUCUGGCCUUACCUCUGCCGCUUCCCCCUGCCUCACCACGCAUGGAGUGGAAGGUUAAGAUCAGGAGCGAUGGGACCCGCUACGUGGCCAAACGUCCCGUCCGUGAUCGACUUUUGAAAGCUCGCGCAAUGAAGAUCAGAGAAGAGCGUAGCGGCAUGACUACCGAUGAUGAUGCCAUGAGUGAAAUGAAGAUGGGACGCUACUGGAGCAAAGAAGAGCGUAAGCAGCAGCUGUUGAGGGCUCGCGAACAACGAAGACGCAGAGAGUUUAUGAUGCAGAGCCGCAUAGAGUAUCUGCGAGAACGGGAUCUGGAUUCAGGCAGGGAGAACCAGUCGGAGACAGUCCAGAUGGCAACCUCCAUUCUGGACCUCAGCCAGAAAAAAAGCUCAAAGAAACGUAACCGACGCAUACUGGACAAUUGGAUCACCAUCCAAGAGCUACUAGCCCAUGGCUCUCGUUCUCCAGAUGGGACAAAGGUGUACAAUCCUCUAUUGUCUGUUACCACUGUCUGAGAGGAAAGAAUGGAUCAAUAAUCAACUUAAAGGGACUGUUCACCCAAAAAUGAAAUUUUGUCAUCAGUUACACACCUCAUGUUGUUCCAAAUCCGUAUGACUUCCUACAUGGAACACAAAAGGAGAUGCAGAAUUUUAGCCUCAGUCACCAUUCACUUAAAUUAUGACAAUUAAAAUUUUUGGGUGAACUAUCCCUCUAAUUUUUUAUGUACAGUUCUCAUCUUUGGACAUCUUUCCACAUUAUUAACAUGGCUGAGCAAAAUCACGUAACUAUCAUCCUCUUUAAUUUCAUGGGCUAAUAAAGUUGAUGUUCUUUAUCAAUGAAUUUCAACAGGCACAAAAAAACUUUUAACAUUGUAUUUCAACUAAAGAUUAUAAAAACUCUGAGGUCAAGCAUCUGCUUUUAUUGAUUUUGUUAGUGUUUAAAGUCCUGAUCAAACUGAAAACAAAGCACAUGGCUAACGGACAAAGACUUGAAACUUAUGAAUGUUGACUGAACAUACACAGAAAAACUCAAGGCACACACUGUAAACAAGCAUAAAAAUCACUCUCUGUGGGGUUGAGCAGACAAAUGGAACUUAUAUGGGAAAUCCCUCACAACUGCACAAAAGACAAGCAACUGUUUGAUUCUCAACUUAUUUGUGAUUUUGUAGACUGAAUUUUGUAUUAUGUACUCUUGUAAUUACAGCAUCCCAACUAUCAAGUGCUUAACCAGUGCAGACACAAUCAUUGUAAACAUGGUGACAUAGUGCCGAACAUUUGUACUGCUUAUUUGUGAUGGCCUGUUUAUGACGAAAGCAAUGUAGUGCUUUGUAAUCUGAAUGUACAGCAAUUCUUACCCCAACACCCAUUUGACUGAUAUUCAAAAGCCUGUUUGGCCUAAAGUGAACACAUACUAACCACCAGCAAAUAUGGAAGCACAAAAUACUCUGGAACCACAUGAAAUCUAACCAGCUUUGACAUAAAAACAGAUUGUACAUUUGAAUAUACUGUUAUUAGGAACAUGUUUCCUUAAAAGGAUAGUUCAACCAAAAAUGAAAAUUCGGUUAUCAUUCACUCUCCCUUAUGUUGUAACAAACCUGCAUGACUCUUCUUCGGCAGAAAAACAAAAGCAGGGUUUAAGUGGAUUUUAAACUCAGUCACCAUUCACUUUCAUUACAUAUCUUUCCAUACAAUGAAUGGUGACUGGGGCUAACAUUCUGCCUAACAUCUCCUUUUGUGAAGAAAGAAAGCCAUAUGGAUGUAAUGAAGAUGUGCAAUUUUCAUUUUUGGGUGAACUAUCCCUUUAAGUAGUGUAGCAGUUUUUUUUUUUUUUUUUUAGCUGAAAAUGAAGAUAUGUUCUUAUUAACAAAUAAAAAAGGGAUAAACAUUAAAAAUGUUAGCAUAUUUAAAAGUGUUCAAAGUCCUUUGAAGAAUUGAUUUUGUAGAAAAACGGCCUUACGAGUUUUGACCAGUUUUAACGCCACCUCUUGAGAGAGGUACUUGUUCAGCUCGACUAAUUUUGCAUGACUUUUGACUAUAAUGUACAAGCACACAAUGAAUACUAAUGGAGAAUUUCCAUUUCUCAGUAUACAAUGUAUGUGACCAGAGGACUUUAUCCAACACAAUUUACAUAAUUUCUCUCUUGGUGUUAGAAUGUAGAUUUCUAUGCUUAUACUAAUAUGGUACCUGUUGAUUAAUAUCAAUAGUCCUUAUUACAAAAUGUGUAAUGUGCAUUAGUUCUUGAGUGGUUAUUUCAAUGCAUAAACUAUAACACUUUAGACAAAUAAAACCAUUUUGUAUGCUUAAAAUAAACCAAUCUGGGUGAUUUCAUGUUUAGAGACACGAGACACGAGACACACACAUACACAUUCAGACACACACCAAAUGAGAGGAACACACAGCAGACAAGUAUUCGCUCAAAAAUAUUGUGUGAUCUCGGAAAUAACAAACAAAUAUUUCCAACAGCAAGAACAUGUUUUAUAGAAUAAGAGCAAUAAAUUAUAACAUCAUUUCUCUUAAUUAGUUUUGCAUUGAAACCUCAUACAUAUAUACAAAUAAAACUUCAUACAAUUAAUUAUUUUUCUAAAUAUAGAAACUGCUCUUACACACACAUACUGAUCCAAUUGUACAAUUACAAUUCGUUUCAAGCCCCCCACGAGUCCUUAAAAUGUAAACAAUGGUUCAUGUGCCCAUUCCCAGUCAGAUAUUGAUUCCACAGUCCAAUGCAGAGUAUACACCGAUCAGCCACAACAUUAAAACCACCUGCCUAAUAUUGUGCAGGUCCCCCUCGUGCCACCAAAACAGCGCCAACCUGC